AUGGCGCCACUAAAGACAGUGUUGGCUCUUUUCCUGGCAUCCAACCUUGCAAAUGCUUCUAUGCAACAACCCAUGCCAGGCUUCUCCCCAACAUGGAAUAAGCUCAGUUUGGACGAUAUUACCCCUUCUCUUGAUAUAAGGUCGGGGGAGACCAAAUGCUGUCCUCGGGGUACAACCUUUGACGGAAAGACAUGCGUUCUGGGUUCUGCUACAUGCCCUGGCGCCUCCACUCUUGAAGAUGGCAAAUGUGUUUCUAGAACAUCUCCCCGAUGCGAAAAAGGCCAAACGGUUAGCCCAGAUGGCUUGUGUAUCACAGAAUCUCCUCCUCGUUGUCCCGGCGAGUUGAAGCUCAAGGGGAGGAACUGCGUUGACCCUCGAGGAGCUAUAUGCGACGGCGAUCUGAAACAGGAAGGCAAUCUCUGCGUUUCAAAAGCUCAGCCCCAGUGCACUGGCACCGACAAUUUUCAAGAUGGGGCUUGCGUUAGCUCUCAGGGUCCCCAGUGCGGGGAGGGCAGCGAAUACAUCGACGGAUUCUGUGUCAGUAAAACCGUGCCUGAAUGUGCCCAUGGUUCCGUUUACGACACAAAGAUUGGACUUUGUGUCUCCUCAACCAGCAACGGAUGCCCAAUUCCCAGCACUCACCCAAAGAAUGGUGCCUGUGUGUCUGAUGUCGGCCCCAGUUGUGGAAAGAAUGAAAAUUUGGUUCCUGAUAUUGGCAAGUGCGUAUCUCGCUCUCCACCCACCUGCGAGGAUUCAUCGCUUAAGGUGGAUGGAAAGAGAUGUAUCUCGACCGAAGGUCCCCAGUGUACAGAUGGUUACGAUCUGUCUUUCAAUCCAUCAGCUGGCACAUCACAAUGCUGCCCUGGAGGUUCUAGCUGGGACGGCGUGUCCUGUGUCUCAAAGGCAGGCUCCGAUGGUUGCCUUCCUGGAUGGACACCAUCCGGUGAUAAAUGCAAGCUCAGACCACUGCCUGCGGCUUGUCAGCCAAGCGCCAAUCUGAAGGACGGAAAGUGCGUGUUCAAAGCUCAGCCUAAAUGCGGUGAGGGUUACGAUAGGGAUAAUCACAACCGGUGUGUAUCUACACAGGCGCCACGGUGUCCGGAAGACACCAAAUUGAUAAACGGGGAGUGCGUCUCUAUCGUGCCAUUGAACUGCCCCCAGGGCAGCCACUUCGAGGACGAUCGGUGCAUCAGCGACAUUGGCCCUUUGUGCUCGAUCCCACGAGCCAAGUUCGAUGGAAAAGGUCAUUGCGUUGUUGACGACAUGCCUCACUGCCCCACUGGCGUACACGAUGGCAACACAUGUCUAACAGGAGAGACACCUCACUGUCAAACCGGGUUCAACUAUUUCAACGGCCGAUGUGUUUCUUCCACGACGCCAAAGUGUACGCAUCCCUUGACCUUGACUCCAGAAGGCGAUUGCAUCUCCCAGAAGCAGCCUACCUGCGAACAUGGCAUUUUACGUAAGGGCGAAUGUUUUGUUGGAGAGGCCCAAUGUCCGGAAGGUACCGACUCUCGCCAGGGUCGCUGCGUCAGCCGUGAAUACCCUAAGUGUACUCAGGAAGGUUACGAGUGGUUCGGACCCGAAAGCAAGUGUCGCAAGAAGGACAAGACUGAGUGUGGCUCUGGAUACCAUGAGCAAGAUGGAGAGUGUGUCUCUGAUAUUCCAGGUGAUUGUGGAGAGCUCGAGCUACGUGAUGGCCAGUGUAUUCACCCCGAGCCUCCGAAGUGUCCCGAAGGAAGCAAUACGUACUGGGAUGGUGAGGACUGUCGGUCUCCGGACGUGCCUGAUUGCGGUGAUGGAAUGAUUUUCAAUCAGGCUAAAGGGACAUGUGUGGCUGAUUCUAAUCCCGUAUGCGAUGAUCCUGGAAUGGUGUUUGACAAGGAUCUCAAAAAGUGUGUCUCAAGUGAAGGCCCUCAAUGUCCAGAUGAUCAGCGAUUCAGUCCAGCCACCCAGAGUUGUGUUUUGGUUGUUGGAGACUGCUUGGAGUUUGAGUACUGCCCCCCGGUAAAUGGUCAAUCUGACCUAUUUGAGAAUUUGUGA